CGAAGUUGGCCCAGGCCUGCUCAGUGGGGAACAGCACCCCUCACAAACAACAACAACAAGGUUUCUGUGUGGACGUUUUCAGCCUGGGCCUGCUCUCCCGCGGCCUCUUCCUCCUCCUCCUCCUCCCUCCUCGCCUCUCUCCUGCGGCUCCCUCCAGGCUGACAGGCCGGCCGCACCGGGCUGAAUUGCCGCCUUCCGCCUUCCCUCCUUCCACCCGCCAUGGAGUCCUUGGAGGAGCUCUCCCUGGGGCCUUGCGCCGGCUCGCAAUACAUCAGGCCUUUCCGCCUCCGCUACCGGCAGAAUGGGAUUUCCAAAAUUUGGGACUUCAUGAGGACACACGACAGUGUGUCCAUUUUGAUCUUUAAUACUUCUCGGCAAUGCUUUGUUCUGGUGAAGCAGUUCCGUCCAGCUGUCUACAUGUGUGAGAUGGAGCGGAAGUGUCCUCAACAAUUUGAGAGUAAAAGUCAAGAGAGCUGGCGCCUCCUUUCAGAUUGCUUGCCUGCCUCAGAAGGAAUAACAUAUGAACUCUGUGCCGGUAUCGUAGACAAGCCAGAGCUGUCUUUGGAAGAACUUGCUUGCAAAGAAGUUAUGGAAGAAUGUGGCUAUGAGGUCUCUGUCGCCAACUUGAAGAGGAUUACUUCAUACAGAUCUGGAGUUGGUGUGACGGGAUCUAAGCAGACAUUAUAUUAUGCCGAAGUAACUGACGAGAUGAAAGCCAGCGAAGGAGGUGGUCAGCCGGAAGAAGGCGAGCUGAUUGAAGUUGUGGAAAUACCUCUUCAGGACUCCAUGAAUUUUGCAUUUGAUGAAACCUUCCCUAAAACAAUGGGCGUCAUCUUCAGCUUCAUGUGGUUCCGGACCAACAUCGCCCCGAAGUUGCUAAAAAAAUAAGAAUAAGCACUGAAUUGUGUUAGGUGCAUGGGAAAUAAAAUUAGAAACAGGGGGUGGGGAAAAUAAUCAAAUAUUUAAGAAACUCGAUUCAUGUAAGUGAGACGCCUCCUUUAGAAGAGUUUCACAAAGAAAGGAAUGGCAAUUAGAAACUUGAAACCAUUUGGAAAGGGAUUCAGACAAAGUUGUUGCCAUCAUUUGUUGCCACUGGUGUCAGCCCAGCACACAUGCAUAUUAUAUAGGCAGCAAGUUUUGACAGCACUUUUUUUUAUCAGUGACUGGUGAAAGCACACAGCUUCACACAUGUUGGAAUAGACCUUAGUUUGAUAUAACCAAACCUGGUUACAGAGGUGAACGUACAGUUUCAACUCCAUCUUUGUGAAGCUGUGGCCAUUGGGCCCAUAAGCAUGUCAACUUGCAUGGCACACUUCCCCAGAAGGAGGUCUCCUCCCUACAUGCCUGUGAGGGGAAGUGUCCCACAGCAUGUGUGGGAGCUUGGGAAUCCUAUAACAUGGCUCCUCAGACUGCUUUCUCAAGGCUUCACGUGGGGUUAACUGCAUAACUAUGUGGUAGUUUGAGAAGUCUGCCACCACUGCUAAAAGUGGUCCUUCAGCCAUUCAAAUAAAAUAAAAUAAAUGGAAUUUUUAAACCAA